AUGCCUUCUCUCCUCGUCCCAACUGCCACACAUAUCCCAAUCAACUUUUCAAAGCGCCAGUCUCUAAAUCUCCCACAAUUUCAACUCUAUGCUGUAGAGAAAUGGCUCGUAGACAGGUCCAGACAGUCAUCUCUGCUUCUGGUCUUCACCGGCGACCCAAACCACACAGUCUCUCUCGAUGAGCUGGUCACCGACGACGACGCCGCUUGGGAUGCCGCAAUUCAUGCAUACAGAAGGGAUGGAGCGAAGCCCAAGCAGACACAGAACGGCGUGCUCAUGGUCACGUCCCUCGCACACUUUCGCUCAGACUGGACAAUAGUCAACAUCCCCAGUGGUGACUUUGCAACCGCAAGGGACCAGCUGUACGCCAAUAUCAAUCUAUUACGCAUGGGCUGCACCGGGAGAAGCGCGUUGUCAUUGGGGGAACCGAGCGAUACUACCAAGGAUCGCUUUAUUUCGCUCUACCACCUCCCAGAGACCUCGUUCUCUCCACCUGCCACGGGCGAGCACCCGCUCCCGCCAUCCUCUUCCAAACGCUUCCCGACCGUGCGCGGAAAGACCAAGGACAGCCACACCUUUAUUCCCGCUGUUCUAGAGCUCGUAAAGCUCAUUCAGGCAGGCUUGUCGAUCUUCGGUUAUUACACCAGUCCCAUCGACGGCUUGCUCUGCGACUCCACCCUCGAUGCCAUCAAUCAUUGGAUGGCGGAAAUCGGGGAGCCCCUGUUGGGGUUAGAGCCCACAGAACGAGUCGUCGAUCCCAUGUUCGUCUCGGCACUCCUCAGCCUCGUCCUUGCCGUCAGAAACAAACUGGCCACGCUUAUUACCCUCGAUUUCAGUAGUCACCAAUCCGCUGCCUCAAAUAACACCAACGUUACACCGUCCCCACCUCCCAAAGACCCCUUCCUUUUCCCACAACCUUUCAUUCUCUCCUUGUCUGUCUAUCUACAGGCAACCACAGGAACCUCCGGAUCCACAGCACUCACUCCUCAAAUCAUUGAAGCUAUCGAUGCUGCCCAUGAAUCGGCAACGAGGAGACGCCUCAAGCCUGUUAGGAAGGUUCUUCGGACGAAGAUCGAUGAUCACCCCCACGCCAAGGUCGACAGCGAGGGCGAUGAAAAGAAGGAACCUCGUGAACGCGACUUUUACCAUUACAAUUAUCGAAGCGGAGGAGAAGAGCCUUCCUCUCUUCCCCCAUCCACCGUGACGUCUCCCACUACUGGGCCAAGCUCAGGUCGAUUACUCGCCUUGACUAGCCUCACUCCGUCCUCCUCAACGUCCCUCGCCCAUGCUGGUCUUUCAUCCCUGACGACCACCACAAGUGACCUCGCUUCCUUCCUUACAGUUGCGCUCACAAAGGAAAAGGAUGGGGAUAGGCUUGGUUCUGGCCCCACAUUUACGGGUCUACAUGUCCGAGCACAUGCCCAAGGAAGACGCGAACGGAGACGUCGGAUGGGUGCCAGUGUCAGUGUCAUCCCGGAUGCUCCAAGCGGUUCUCUACGGAGCAAGACCCGCGAAAGUGUCGACCUUGGACACUUUUACCACGCCGCCUCAGGUGACCCUUCAAGCUCCACAGAAGGUAUUACCAAUACACGACUGCUCGAUACCGUUGUAGCUGGGAGUGUCAAGGCUCUCUGGAGUGGGAGAGUAGCUGAACUCGUUCGCCUUCGUGAACUUGCCAACUCUCCUUCGGCGCAGUGGCAAGACCCCCCUGCCCUUCUUACCCCAAGCCUCUCUCUUCGUGUUCCAAGCGGAGGUAGUGCUCUCUCAGCUUCCUCUUCAUGGAGUAAAGCAAGGAGUAAGGGAAAGAGCAAGACUUCACUCAACCAAGCUUCGGUUUCCAACGUCAAUGUCCAUAGCGAUGGUGACGUCAACACCAGCAAGGACGGCAAUCUCAAAUCCGAAACGGACGACGACAGCGAAGGACUGUAUGCUCCAAAUGCGAGCCAAACUACGUUCGGGAGUUUGUUGGGCGGUAAAGUAAAGGGAAAGUUGGGUACCUGGACGGCAAUGGCAAAGAGGCGUGCGCGAGGGGAGGGAGGAAGCGUGGACCUGACCAGUACCGGUAUACCACAGUCCGUCAGGAGCGCCCCUUGCUCUGUUGGGGUGUCGCCGGCUGUAAGCCAGGAUGGGAGUGGAGGAGGAAGCGCCAGUGGUGCGCCACAAGUACCAACGGUCAUUGAGGAUGAUGAAGGGGACGAGUCCAGAAUGUCGAAGGGACAAAUCAAGCAUCUCAACCUUCCAGGUCCACGGAAGCCCAAACCUUCGAGGAUUGCGACCGCUCCGUCUGCCAUCUCUGGAAGGAACCGUUCCGGUAGCAUCGCGGGUGUGUUGACUAUAGGCGGGAGUGCCAAUGCGAGCUCUGGUCCCCAAAGUCCAACGUUACCCCCCAUGGUUUACGCACCUGGGGAGCCUCCGGAAGACGAGGGAGAGUUGCUGAGCAGUGGUCAAAUUUCCCCUUUGAGUCAGUUCCUAUCUCCCUCGGACUCCAUUCUGUUUACUUACCGAGAUGCAUAA